AUGGCUCACUGCGAGCGUGUGUCGAAGCCGUUGCUUCAAUGUCUUCGCAACUCCUACACAAGAAGCAUUGCGGGCUCACAGAUCCAGUCCCGCGGCUUCCAGUCGACCUCCGCUGUUGCAGAUGCUCAACCUGAAUCGAGCCAACCAUUCCACAAAUCGCCUGAUCCAUCCCUUGUCACAAGUCCUCGACUGGAGCGAAAAUUGAUGCGACAGGGUACCACCCCCGUUGGAUCUCGUCGUCGUCGUGCUGCGCUGCAGAACCCCGGAAGCCUCCCUUUCGAGCAACUGCCUUACCAAUGUUUCCAAGAAGCGCGUAAGGUUCUCCUCGGAGACCGAGUCCAGAAGUUGGAGGAAAUCGAAUCCAUGCGUCAAACGAUCGCUCGCCUGGGGGCACAGCCAGUCGAAGCUGGAGGAGAGAAUUCACGGAAGUCCCGCCUGACAGCGAUGCAACUGCAUCUUGAGAAUCUGAAGGUUCUGGCCGAUAUCAACGAUCCUUUGGUGAAGCGAAAGUUUGAGGAUGGUCUAGGCGAUAUGAGCAAGCCUAUCUACCGCUUUCUGGCCGACCGCAAAUGGAGAGAAUAUCGCCGCAAGAUCCUGGUUCAGCGUAUUACACAAAUGAAUGUUAUUCCGGAUGUUCUCGCCCACUGUGAUCCUGUUGUGGACACAAAGAUGUACUUCGGAAAGCGACAGGUCCAACCCGGUGACUACGUCCUCGCAAAGGACAGUGCCACUGCUCCAAAGCUCGACAUCCAGCUGUUUGAGCGUGGUGAGAAGCUGGUCACAAUCGCCGUUGUUGACCCCGAUGUUCCCGAUGUCGAGGCCGACGGAUUCGAGUUCAAGAUGCACUACCUCGCCGUGAACGUUCCCAUCUCCGCCGUUUCCACCAAGGUCGACCUUGCCCAGCUUUCCACAGAUUCCCAGGUUGUUCUUCCUUGGGCCGCACCUGUUGCCCAGAAGGGUAGUCCUUACCACCGACUUUCCCUUUUCGUUAUGGAGCAGAAGGACUCCCAGCCGCUCGACUUUGUGGCUGUCAAGGCCAAGGAGACAGAGCGUGAGAACUUGCUUCUCCGUGCCCUCCAAGUCCGUUACCACCUUAAGCCCAUUGGCGCUCACCUAUUCCGUAGCCAAUGGGAUGAAUCCACAUUGGAAGUUAUGAAGCAGAUUGGCUUCAACGAGGCGGAUGUCGAGCUCCGCCGGAAGAAGGUCGAGCCUCUUCCUUACAAGCGCAGAAACCCAUCCAGCUUCCGGUAG